CCGGUUCCGCUCGCUCUCAUCAUGACGUUUUCUUCGCUCCGAGCAGCCAAAGUCGUUUACAAGAGGCAUUUCCGGUGGCAUAUGCAAUGCUUCUUGUCCACCGACAUCGUUGGCGAUAAGCCCAUCCUUGUCCGCGACUUCAUACGCUCUGCAUUGUACGAUCCCAACCAUGGCUACUUCUCCAAGAUGUCGGGAUCUGUCGGGCAGCUCGAGUCGAGCAUCAGGUUCAAUCAGCUCCAAGGAAGGGUUGCUUACCGCCAACGUCUGAGUAACCUUUACAAACAGCAUGAAAUUUCUUGGUUUACUCCUGUGGAGCUUUUUAAGCCUUGGUAUGCAUAUGGAAUUGCUGAAGCAAUUAUGCGCACAGCCAACCUUUCAAUUCCACUAACGAUUUAUGAAAUUGGUGGUGGUUCAGGAACAUGUGCAAAGUGUAUUAUGGAUUACAUGAUGUUGAAUGCACCAGCAAAAGUUUACAAUAAUAUGACAUACGUCUCAGUCGAAAUCAGUCAAUCACUUGCCAAAAAACAGUUACAAACUGUUGGAGAGGUUCAGAGUCAUUUGUCAAAAUUCAGGGUUGAACGCCGUGAUGCAACUGACAGAAGUGGAUGGGGUAAUGGAGACCAUGAACCAUGCUGGGUUAUAAUGCUUGAGGUACUUGACAAUCUUCCACAUGAUCUUGUUUAUUCCCCAAAUCAAGUUUCUCCAUGGAUGGAGGUUUGGCUGGAGAAAGUGAAAGACAGGUUUGUAAUUUCACAAGUCUCAGAAGUCUAUAAGCCAAUACAAGAUUCGUUAAUUGCCGAAUGCGUUAAGAUUAUUGGCUUGGAUGAAGACCAUGCUGCUGGCAGAAACAGGUUAGUUUCUGCGGCUAGUUAUAUUUUGUCUAGAGCUUUUCCAAAACCUCGAAGAUCUUGGAUACCAACUGGUUGCUUGCAACUACUGGAGGUUUUACAUUCAGCACUGCCAAAGAUGUCCCUUAUUGCCUCUGAUUUCAGCUAUCUUCCAGAAGUUAGCAUUCCUGGUGAUAGGGCUCCUUUAGUUUCCACCAAGAAAGAUGGGAGAACCACAGAUCAUGGCAAUUAUCUUGAUGCAAAGGGUGAUGCUGAUAUAUUCUUUCCAACAGACUUCUGGCUCUUAGAGAGAAUCGAUCAUUACUGCUCUGGCUGGUCAAAUGAACUGAAAACUUCCAAUUCAUUGAAGUCAGUGAAAAAGAGGAGAACAAUCAUACUUGACACAGCUGCUUUCAUGGAUGAGUUUGGUUUGCCAUCAAAGACAAGGACGAGGGAUGGAUACAAUCCACUUCUUGACGACUUCAAGAAUACUAAAUUUUACCUAAGCGUGCCAACACAUAAUAUGACAUGACCUCUAUCGAGUAUGUGAUGCAGUCAGAAACCACAAGCUCACAUCUGUUGGUAAAAUGCCAUCAGAGCCAACAGCAGAAUUUUGCCUUUGCUCAGACAGAAGUUGAAAAGAAUGGUCUCUGGUUGGCUGCAGUUUCCUACACUUGUGAUAAAUCUAAAUUUAUGAGUUCCCUACAAGAAAUUUUUCCCCCCAGCAAUCUGCAAAGUUUGCAACAGGAAACCAAUCAGUAAUGUUGAAUUCUUUAUAUUCCAUAUCAUUUUUAUUACUUCUUUUUGUUUCA